CCCCAUGUUUUCUCAGAAGUCUUCGGCCGGGCAUCACACAGAGAGACUCUACAGAACCUCAGAGAAUCUCAGAGAACCACAGAGAACCACAGAGAACCUCAGAGAACCACAGAGAACCACAGAGAACCCCAUGAAGGAUGUCUGCUUCUGGACGGCCCAUCACGCUCCUGCUGUGCUGCCUGCUCGGCUCAGCCGCCUCAUCCCCCGUUUCCACCCUCACACCUGCUCCUCCUCUUCCACUGCACGUCAUCCUCCCCUCCUCGUCCCCGGGCUCUCCUCCUCCUCCUCCUCCCCCAUCCGGCGGAGGAGUCGGCUGCCCUCUGACGAUGUCUCCCUCCUCUCUGGUGGUCAGGUUCGGGGAUCCGGUGACGGCGAACUGCUCGGUGUCCACGACGGGCUUCUCUGCUCUGGGCUGGGAGGUCUCACUGGCAGCUCCUGAACUCACCAUGGAUCGGUUUCUGGUGUGGCGCGUUGACAGCAUGACCGACUGGGGCGUCGAGCCGAAGUGCUACGCCCUCUCUGAACAGGGGGGGCAGUGUCACAUCGACCUCCCGCUCACGGUCUACCAGCCUCCGGAGAACGUGUCGCUCAGCUUCGCGGACCACGCCGGGCCGACGUUGGCGGGUCGGCAGUACACGCUGCGGUGCACGGUGCAGGACGUGGCUCCGGUCGAGGACCUCGUCGUGACCUUCUACAGAGGUCGGACGGCGCUGGGUCGGCUGAAGUCCAACAACAACAACACGAGACCGGUGACUGAGACCUUCUCCUUCAACAUCACCCCGAGGAGAGAGGACGACGGGGUCCAGUACUGGUGUGAGGCGAAGCUGGAACUGGGACCUGGUGGACCGGAGCGCCCCCUAGUGGUGACGUCACAAACCAUCACCAACACCGUCCUCUUCGGGCCCCAGCUCGCGUGCCCCCCGCGGCUGCAGGUGAGGGCGGGGGAGCGGCUCCACUGCGAGGUGCGGGGGAACCCUCCGCCGCUGGUCGUGUGGUUCCGGGACGGGCGGGCGGUGACCCUGCCCACUCACUCGAGCGCAAAGGAUGCUGGGAAAUACACCGUGUGCGCAGAGGGACUUCUGGGACAGACCAACUUCACGGUGGAGGUGGUGGUGCUUCCCGGCCGCGGAACGACAAACAGCGUUAAUGAGCACUUCCUGUUGGCCGUCUUGUUGACUCAGAUGAUUAACUGGCUGUAGAACCUCAGAGAAUCCCCCCCCCCCCCCCACACACGUGACCUGGGAUCCAUCUCUCCAAGCUGUUCAUGUUCAUUUGAUUUUUGCAUUGAGAGUUUUGUGUUUUCAACCUCUCAGGUCACAUUAGAAGCAGCUCCAGUUCUCGUUUGAGAGCUUCUGCAUAGGUACAUUAAUUUUUUUACCUCUUUAAUCUGCACAAAGAAAGAAAUCAACACAGUGAUGUACAAUGUAAUAAUCCGCAACCAUAUAAAUAUUAUAUAUAUAUAAUAUAAAUUAUAUAUUAUAUAUAUAUAUAAAUUAUAUAUUAUAUAUAUAUUAUAUAAAAUAUAUGUAUUAUUUAAAUAAUAUAUGUAUUAUAUAAAAUAUAUGUAUUAUUUAUAUAAUAUAUAUAUAAUAUAUGUACAUAAUAUACGUAUAUUGUAUAUAAUAUAUGUUUAUUAUAUAUAUAUUAAUAAUAUAUGUAUAUCAAAUAUAUAAUAUAUGUAUAUUAUAUAUAUAUAUAUAUAUAUACACACACACCUAUAGGUCUGCCUUUCCAGGUUGUAUUUCUUUUAGAUGUUUAUGUCUGCAGCCUUUGCCACAAACAGUAUCCCCGUCUGUUCCGUGUACAUACAUGUUACAUGUUAAAUGUUCUGCAGGAUAAAGAAACAAAGUGAGGUCGUAUUCAUGAAGCUUCUUCAGUCACUCCGGACUAAAUGUAUAAAGAUAAUUCUUACAGGAGACACAAGAUCCUGGUAAACAUAACAUAAAGGUUAUUCACAAAGCACAUCACGUAAGAGCUUAAAGGUUUUUAAAGUCAAAAGACAAAAAGGAGAAAUGUUCUGCCAGGCUGAAUGUCAAGAUAAAUAAAUAAUAAAGUGACUGAAUGGU